AGACCUUAGCUCUGUUGUUCAGUAUAUUUUAGGCCGUGGAAAGUAUAUCGAUUUACCGGAAUAAAGUCUGCGCACAUGGUACAAAAAAAAAAAAGAAGACCUGCACAGGCCCGACAAGAAGUGCGCGCUUUUGCUGUGGCUCGCGCGAAGGUCACAUGAAGAUUGCGAUGAAAACGAAGACACCAGUCGGGUAAACGGCCAUGGUGUGAAGCCGCAAAAGACCGGCGCCCCCCUCCCCUCCCCCGCCCCCUCACCGUUGCGACUCCGCAUCAUCCCUGGCCGCCCAAAAUGUCAGAUUUACCACCGGCGCCUGCGACCGUCCGCGAAGUGGAGUUCCGCCUGGGACCCACCCAGGACGGCGCGCCGGAGGUGGAAUUCCACGUGGAACCCGCUGCCAAGGGCCAGGGAUCCUCGGUCACGGUGAGCGUGACCACGACGUCGCCAGCAGAGCCCGAGGCCGGCCCGAGCCGCGGUGAGGACCUGACCUUCAGCGACCUGCCCACGGCCAACCGCGUCAUGGACUGCGUGCUGGCUGAGUUCCGCGGGCGGCCCGUGGUCCACGCGCGCUUGGGAAAUGUGCCGCUGCCGGACUUCACCGCGGGCGAGGCUCGCGUCUACUCGCCGCGCUUCUGGGACCUGAACGCCGUGUUUCGCGAGGGGGACGCCUACAUGCGUGCCAGCCCGUACACGUCGGGACAGCUGCCAGUUGAAGUACGGCUGCGCUCGCGAGUUGCCUGUCGGGAAGUCAAGUUUCAGUGCGACUUCGCCUAUUCUUACUUCCGCGGGCAGGUGGCACUGAAUUUCGAGCGAGUACUCAUAGGCGUCCUGCUGGUGCUCAGAGGGGGCUUCCCCGACGUCAAGUCACUGCAGGUGGAGAACAUCGGCGACUUUGACGUGUCGUCUUUGAUAGGCGUGCCGGCAGUACUCAAGUGGCUGGCCACCAAGGUCAUUAAGAAAGUCAUUCGCGACAACAGUCAGGUGAUCGCCAAGCUAGCGUCAAACGAGGUCAAGGACGUGCUUCAGGAAGCGAUCGCCGACCAGGACCUGACAUCUGUGCUGAAGGACGCACUGGCAGCACCAGACGCCAAGCAACAGUCCAGCGACCGGCCACAGAGUAGCGCCUGACCACACAGACCGCCUAGGGGUUGCGCGAGGGACAUGGAUGCCAUUUGUGAACUCUACUCUAUGCAUGGGAGGCUCGUGCAGGCCACCAUGACGCGCGAGGAAUAAAUUACACCGGAGCCGCAGCUUACGUGAAGGAAUUGUCA